CUGUUGGAGGCAGUAUCUCUAAUUCUCUAUCUAUAUUGUAGCCUGGAGGUUUGCAAUAAGUAUUUAGUUAUUUUAUUUGUAUUUUUAAACUAAUUUGUGUUAAUUUUUAUUCGGAUUUUUGUAGACUCAGAAAAAUGGCAACAAACUAUGCUAAAUACGCUCAGUUAAUAAAUGCGUCGACGAACUAUGCGCACCGCAUGAAGCGGCUCUCCAAUAGAAUAUUCGGGGAAGUGGCAAUUCCCACUAACUCCAAGUCAAUGAAGGUGGUCAAGAUGUUUUCGGAGCGGCCACUGCAUUCCAACGAGGAAAUCGUACACUAUUACCCGCGACACGUGGAGACGCACGCGCUGAUGCUGAAGCUGCGGGAGUACGGGCUGUUCCGCGACGAGCACCAGGACUUCAAGGAGGAGAUGAAGAGACUGCGGGAGCUGCGAGGGAAGGUCAAGGUGUGGCGGCGGACGCUCGAUAAAAAAGAAUAGUUGCUAUAUGUUUUAAUAGAUGUGUAAAUAUUACAGCAAUGUAUAUACCUAUAAAUAUUAGACCAAAUAAAUCCUUAGGUUUCUAUGCCGAA